GUUCAGGAGGAACUCCAGUCAGUUUUACAUCUCACGGCUGCUGCUGAGGAUGGACGCUCGGAUCUUCACCCUGCACGUCCUGACGCUCUGCUGCCUCAUUCACGGCUCUCUGCAGGGUGUUUAUCAGCGGCGUCUCUACAAGGAGCUGAUGAGGAACUACAACCCGCUGGAGCGACCGGUCAGCAACGACUCCCACAGCCUGACCGUCCACUUCAGCUUCAGCCUGCUGCAGAUCAUGGACGUGGAUGAGAAGAACCAGGUGCUGACCACCAACAUCUGGCUACAGCUGUACUGGACAGAUUUCUACCUGCAGUGGAACAUGUCGGAUUAUCCAGGUGUGACCAACGUCAGAUUCCCCGACAGCCAGAUCUGGAGGCCGGACAUCCUGCUGUACAACAGUGCCGAUGAAAGGUUUGAUGCUUCCUUUCACACAAACAUCCUGGUCAACUCCACCGGCUACUGCCAGUACCUGCCACCAGGGAUAUUUAAGAGCACCUGUUACAUCGACGUCCGCUGGUUUCCGUUCGACGUGCAGCGCUGCGACCUGAAGUUCGGCUCGUGGACGUACGGCGGCUGGUCUCUGGACCUGCAGAUGAUUGAGGCUGAUAUCACCGGAUACAUCGCCAACGGAGAGUGGGACCUCGUGGAGGUUCCUGGACGGAGGAACGAGCGUUUCUACGACUGCUGUAAGGAGCCGUACCCUGACGUGACCUUCACCGUGGUGAUGAGGAGGAGGACGCUCUAUUACGGACUCAACCUCCUCAUCCCCUGCGUCCUCAUCUCCACCCUCGCGCUCCUCGUCUUCCUGUUGCCCGCCGACUCCGGAGAGAAGAUCUCACUGGGAAUCACAGUGUUGCUCUCCCUGACAGUCUUCAUGCUGCUGGUGGCUGAGAUCAUGCCAGCGACCUCUGACUCCGUUCCUCUCAUAGCUCAGUACUUCGCGACCACCAUGGUGAUCGUGGGUCUGUCGGUCAUCGCCACCGUUCUGGUUCUGCAGUAUCAUCACCACGACCCCGACGGAGGACACAUGCCGCAAUGGACUCGUGUGAUUUUGUUGAACUGGUGCGCCUGGUUCCUGCGGAUGCGUCGUCCCGGCGAGGCGAAGGUCCAACUGGCGUGUCCCAACACCGCCAAGCGUCGGCGUGGCAGCCUGUCCAGCCUUGAGCUCAGCGUCAGCCAGGGGUCGCUGCGACAUCAUCCCCAGGUAACCAACGGCAACCUCCUGUACGUCGGGUUCCGUGGCAUGGAGGGGUUGCACUACGCCUCGCCCAGCGAACCCGAGCUCCUGUGCUCGCGGCUGGUUGGAGGUGGCGUCAGCAGCGGGGAGGACGUGCUGAGAGCAGGAGGCGGGGCCGGAGUAAGAGGAGGAGGAGGAGGAGGAGGAGGAGGAGGAGGAGUAGGUGGAACAGCGGGGGGCUCGCCACUGGAGGCGGAGCUGAACCAGAUCCUGGAAGAGGUGAGAUACAUCGCCAGGCGUUUCCGCGGGCAGGACGAGGAGGAGACGGUCUGCAACGAGUGGAAGUUUGCUGCUGCGGUGAUCGACCGGCUGUGUUUGGUGGCGUUCUCGCUUUUCACCAUCCUCUGCACCAUCGGCAUCCUCAUGUCGGCUCCCAACUUUGUGGAGGCCAUUUCCAAAGACUUCUUCAGCUGAGGACGAGGAGAAGACGAGACGACUAUAUUUUUCUUAUUGUCAACAAAUCCCACGAAAACACCCAAACCAACAAACCAUCUCUCAGAACUUUUCUCCUUCCCAACCUUGUGUCUCUCAGCUCUGAGCCCAUUAGUCCCUACAGAAGAUAUAAAUCUUUAAAAACACCUCAGAAAUGUUUAGUUUUCUGUUUAAAAAAGGCUCAGUAGUUUCCUGAAACAGCUGUCCACUGUAGAUUUUAACAAACAGGAGGGAAUAUUGCAUUUAUUGGAGACUAUUUUCAACAGCAGAUUAAUCCACAUUUGGUGCUCUAGUUAGUAUUUCUGGCAGCAGGAUGGUGUGUGUAGGAUUAAGUAAAAAUAAAU